AUGAAUGUCGAAGUUUGUACUUUGUUUGAACCACUGAACCCGCAUAAAAUUUUCAUUUUGGAAAAACGGAUUAAGAAGAAGAUCAAAAUCCAUCGGCAGCCGAUAGAGAGUUUUAUAAAAAGAAGAACUGUCAGAAGUGAUAUGGAGAGCUUGAAAUAUUCGCAAUUCGAACCGCUCUAUGAAUUGUGGUGUGACUAUUUCAGUACCCUAAUUAAUGGAUCCAAUGGUCAGUUGGAUGCUCGAAUGUUGAAAGCCGAUUAUCAUGGAUGUCUGCUGAUGAUUGUCGAGGCUGCUAAUCCAGCUCAGGUCGGUCUUUGUGGCAUUGUGAUUCGUGAAACUAGGCAAACCUUCAUGCUGAUCACAAAACAAGACCGCUUGCUAACUAUUCCAAAGCAAGAUACUAUAUUUCAAUUUGCACUGGAAGGCAAAAUAUAUCUUUUGUUCGGGAAUGCGUUCAGAUUUCAACCGUCAUUGCGAGCAAAAAAGAUAUUCAAGAAUCGUUGUUCAAUUCCCUUCUUUCUAAAAUAA